UCUUCCAUCUUCCCCUUUCAGGCUGCAACCGAGCCGGAUGCCGACGGACGGGCAUACGCGGUGUGGGUGUCCGAGAUCAUGCUCCAGCAGACGCAGGUGGCGACGGUGAUCGACUACUACGCAGGUGACUGUUCCUCAUGGAGCGCUAAGUGGCCGACGCUGCAGGCUCUGGCGCAGGCAUCCCUGGAGGAGGUGAACGAGCUGUGGGCAGGACUUGGCUACUACUCCCGGGGGAAGCGUCUGCAGGAGGCAGCGAAGAAGGUGCCCUGGUGCUGGGGGAAAACCAGAACCCUCUGUGGCCCCUGGCGUGGUAACCUCAGCUCCUGGUUCCAGGCUACCGGCGUCGUGGAUGGGAACGUGAUCCGGGUCCUGUGCCGCCUGCGGUGCAUUGGCGCCGACUCCAGCAGCCCGGCUGUCAUCGACCGGCUCUGGGACAUGGCCAAUGCCCUGGUAGACAGGAGCCGUCCAGGGGACUUUAACCAAGCCCUGAUGGAGCUGGGGGCAACUGUGUGCACCCCCAAGGCCCCGCUCUGCGGGGAGUGCCCUGUGAAGCAGCACUGCCAAGCGCGGCGCAGGGUGGAGCAGGAGCUGGCCGUUGCCUCCCAGAAGCUGUUUGGCAAAGCUGCACCAGUGCCUGAUGUCGAGGACUGUGGUGGGGGCUGUCCCCUAUGCCCCCCAGCUACGGAGCCAUGGGACAGCAGCCUGGGGGUGACCAACUUCCCUCGGAAAGCUGCAAAGAAGCAGCCACGGGUGGAGCGAACAGCCACGUGUGUGCUGGAGCGGAGGGGCUGCUGCGGGACCCCGGAGUACCUCAUCGUGCAGAGACCCAGCUCAGGUCUCUUGGCUGGGCUCUGGGAGUUCCCCAGCCUCCCGCUGGCUCAGGGUCUGCAGGAGGAGCAGCAGAGGGAGGCGUUGGCUGAUCACCUCCGGGCCUGCACGGGGUGGCCGGUGGUGGCCAGAGCCCUGCAGCUCGUCGGAGAGGUUGUCCACAUCUUCUCCCACAUCCACCAGACAUAUGUGGUCUACUCCCUGCCCCUGGAUGGGGACGUGACCCUGGACCCUGCCUUGUCCCCAUCCCGCUGGGUGACAGAGGAGGAGUUCCAUGCCUCAGCCGUGUCCACAGCCAUGAAGAAGGUGCUGAAAGCGCGUGAGAAGCAGCGCGGGGAGGAGAGCAGCCCUGGCAAGGUGGGCAGCGCUGCAGGCCAGAACCCUGUGUGCGGUGCUGGAGCCCCCCUGGGCUUUGGGGGCUCCAAGCGGAAGCGGGGGGCAAAGCUGCAGGGAGCAGGCAGCACCCGCCCUGGGACGCAGCUCUCCCUCCGUGCCUUCCUCCGGGCACCCACCUCCCCAUGA